CAUGGUUGGACUAUGCUCGACAUAAUGUAAUUUGUUGAUGGCAACAUUCGGUUUAUAAUGUCACUGUCUUUUUAAUAGUACAUGACAAUUUCUUUUUCUGUGGUCUUUUCUUGUCGACGGGUAUUGAGUAUACACCCAUCAUGGGUAAGAUUAUGAAACCUGGGAAGGUGGUGCUGGUCCUAAGUGGCCGGUACGCAGGGCGCAAAGCCAUCGUAGUCAAAAACUACGACGAAGGAACCUCUGACAAGCCCUACGGUCACGCAUUCGUCGCCGGGAUCGACAGGUAUCCCCGUAAAGUGAACAAGAGGAUGGGCAAAAACAAAAUCCACAAGCGAUCCAAGAUAAAGCCUUUUGUUAAGGUAGUAAACUACAACCACCUCAUGCCAACCCGUUACUCAGUUGACUUCAGUUUUGAGAAGUUCAGUGCCAAGGAUCUCAAGGACCCGGCCAAGAGCAAGAAGCUUCGUUUCAACACAAGAGUGCGCUUUGAGGAGAGAUACAAGAGUGGAAAGAACAAGUGGUUCUUCCAGAAGCUUAGGUUCUAAGAUAAAUAAAUAAAAACUAAAAAAAUAA